AUGGAUCGCUCUAACAUUGUCGGUCGCGCUGCAGAGAUCAGCGAGAUUGCCCACUCUCUCGCAGGUGUUCUGGCGAAAUCCGGACAACGAGAGCCAUCUUUCGAGCAUGGUCUUCCUGAUGCGCUGAGAAGCGAUGCGCCAGAUUCGGAUGAAGGGGCGGUAGCCAGCCGCAUGAAAUUGGUAGGCUUGCUGGAUGAGUUCCGCGAUUUGUUGAUUGAUCCGGCUAUGCAUUUGAGCCCAGAGGGUCGAAAUCCAACCUUGAGUAUUCUCUCAAUAUCCCGUCUUCAAAUUGCCAAUCAUGUACCGAAAGAGGGCAUUUCUGUUCAAGACCUGGCUGGUAAACUGAACUUGAACGCGAAAAUUGUCCGCCGACUGAUGGCACAUGCUGCUACCUAUCAUGUGUUCUUCCAAUCAGAGCGUGACUACUUCGUGCACACAGCGAGCUCACGGCUGUUGGCUGAGAAUGAGGGUAUGCGGAAUUGGAUUUUGAUGGGCGUAGGAGAGACCAUACCAGCGACUUUCAGAAUUCCUGAUGUUUUACAAAACAAUGGCUACUCAGAAGAACCACAAGAUAGCAGCUGGUCUGUUCACAACUCGACGAAUCUCCCAGUCUUCGCAGCUCUGAAUGAAAUGCCAGAGCGUGGAAUCGUGUUUUCAAAGGCGAUGGCCUGGCAUAACCAGCUCCCAGGCUUUUCUACAAAGCAUCUAAUCGACCACUUUCCUUUCAAAGAUAAUGAGACUACUACUGUUGUCGAUGUUGGCGGCGGGCUUGGACACAUUGCACAAGGUCUAGUUAUCCACGAUCCCAAUGUCCAAUGCGUUGUUCAGGAUCUCAGUGAGCCCGUCGCUCAAGGAGAGAAGAUGCUAUCAACGGAGGCGCAAGGCCGUGUUACCUUCCAGACGCACGACUUUUUCCAGGACCAGCCAGUAAAGGACGCGGAUGUCUACCUUCUGCGGCAUGUAUUGCAUGACUGGUCCAAUAAGUAUGCUCGUAAGAUCCUUAAAAGUCUGAUUCCGGCAUUGAAACCUGGAGCCAAGGUCGUCAUUAACGACCGGAUUAUUCCUGAUUUUGGCGAGGCACACUAUCUUCUGGAGCGGGAAUCGAGGGACUAUGACCUUUACAUGUUCACUCUUACGAAUGCUCAAGAGCGGACACGUUCGGACUGGGAGAGUCUUCUCCGAGACACUGAUCCUCGGUUCAAGCUUACGCGAGUGUCUAGACCGGAGAAAUCCUUCCUGGCUAUCAUGGAGGUGACAUGGGAGGACGAAUCCACGUAA